CUCUCUCUCGCAUGCUUAACACCUGAAGUUGAUUAAUGAUGUCAUUAUAUCGUCUUCGCCAAUAAAAGACUUAAAUUUGUAGUAAAAUAGUGAUUAAUUAAUUCGCAAUGGAUCAAAAUCCGUUCAUUUGAAAAUUCGCUAUAUGAUAUUCGCUACAUGGAAUUCACAGUGGCAAUAUGGCCACUAGUUAUGACGUGUUGACAGUCUUGACGUUACUAGAUACUGUUCAAUGCUAUUCAAUUACAGUGUAUUGCAUUCCAUUUCAUUAAUAACGGAACGAAUUUCAGUACUGCCGGUAUUGGCAGUGUAUAUCGUAACAUAGUCUGAAUUGGAACACAGUCAUAAUAAUGCAUACAGUUUUGACACGUGGAAAUGCUAUUUUAGCAUAUACGUUAAGUGUGUCGGCUUGUCUCACAUUUUGUUGUUUUCUCUCGACAGUAUUUAUUGAUUAUAGAGCAAAUGCGACAUUAAAAACUAUUAAAGUUGUUGUAAAAAAUGUGCCAGAUUAUAGUGCAUCAAGGGAAAGGAAUGAUUUGGGUUACUUAACGUUUGACUUGAAAACUGAUCUUACUCCAUUGUUUAAUUGGAACGUUAAACAAUUAUUUUUAUAUCUCACAGCAGAAUAUCAGACAGAAAAUAAUGAAUUUAAUCAGGUAGUGUUAUGGGACAAGAUAGUGCUUCGUGGAGACAAUGCUGUACUUGAUUUCAAAAACAUGAAUACGAAGUAUUAUUUUUGGGACGAUGGUAAAGGCCUCAGGGGAAAUAAUAAUGUAACGUUAACAUUAUCGUGGAACAUUAUUCCAAAUGCUGGAUUGUUACCCAGUGUUAGUGCUCUUGGUUCACAUACUUUUAAAUUUCCACAUGAAUAUACAACACUACGUGUAUAAUGUAAUUUAAAUGUGUGAAUUGAAUUACAAUUGUAUGGAUGAUUUUAUAAGAUCUUUAUUUACGCUGCAUAAAAAAUCCAUAUACAAUAAAUGUUUAUUUCUUCAUUA